GCCCAUGAAGUGGGUUGAAUUCAGCCAAUGGCAGUUACUGUCCAGGCGAGCUCAGCAAUAGUUCCCAGUGUGACCCUACCCAGCAGUUCCUGCUACACCAGCCAACUCUGAUUCACUUGUGAUCAUUCCCCACUCAACUGAUUUCUCCUUCCCCAGCUGAUGGAGAUAAAACGCAAUUGGCCUCUAGGUCCCCUCAGCCUCUCCUUGCCCUGCCCCAGCCACCUCUCCAUGGGCUCCUGGUAGAUGGAUCCGCGUGUUGCCCUGCUGAGGGGUGGGGGACCCCGUGUCUCUUGUGUCACUAGCCCAACUCUCUCGGUCUUGGAUUCGGGGGAAAAGCAUCCAGGAGACUCUCUCCCUACAGGCCCCUGUAUCAGCCUCGUCACUGGGGCCGGGCUAUGGGGACGGGACGCAGUGACCGUGCCGAGGUCUGUGUCUCAUGGCCGGUCUCCUCCUGCCAGCAGAGCUCAGCUACCCCAAACCCAACGUCUCCCUGCACCCCAGCAAGCGGGUCACCCUGGGGGGAGCUGUGACCGUCCGGUGUGAGUGUCAGUGUCCGGGAGCGAGAGUCCUUUUGUAUAAAGCUGGAGCCGUAGGUGUAUGGCGCGCGACGGAUUCCGCUGGGGACGUGGUUGAGUUUCUCAUCCGCAACGUGAGCCGGAGAGAUGCAGGGAGCUACAGCUGCCAAUACAGCACCAAGUCGGACCCUCCCGUCUGGUCGGAGCCCAGCGACCCCAUGGAGCUGGUAGUAACAGCUGCCCCCCCAGGGCACCCAGAUUUCAACCACGCCAACAUCACCCGCCUGGCGCUGGGCGCCGUGGUCCUGCUUGUCCUGGGGCUGAUCCUGGCUGAGGCCUAUUACAGCCGCCCGAGGGGGACACCCUAGGAGCCUAGUUCUGGCCGUGCGGAGAAGAGAAUCUCCCCAGGGACGAGCUGCUUCCCCUUGGGGGUCCAAUCCCCCUCGUGAGCCGACUGCUGCACUCCAGGAUUGAACCCCGGACUUCUGGCCCCGAGGACACCAGCUAGAGGAGCUGCCCCUGCGCUGGGCCCAUCGAGCUCGCCUCGGAGCAGCCGCUGGAGGGCGGCGGGGUCCCACUCGCUGGCUCAGUCACGCCAAUUUCUGCUCAGGGUUGUCCGUGGGGAGCGGGGAUGCUGCGUCUGAUCCUGGUGCUGGAAUAAUGAUUGCCCCGCAGGUUU